UAAAGGCAACAGAAAAUACUUUAACAGUCCCCAAAGGCACUUUAAAACUGCAAGUAUUAUUAUUAUUAGUGUUUUUGUUAUCAAUUAGCAGCACUGAUCAAUAAAAUCCUUCAGCUUCACUUGCAUCCAGCAGGUGGCAGCAAAGCACAGGUUUGUUUUCUUCUUGUAGACCUCCUUCAACCUCAUGGAGCAAAGCUGCUGCUGCUGCUGAUGUUGAUGAUGAUGGUUUGGCUUUGAUGAAGAACAACAGGCUAAACAGAACUUUUGAAGUAAAGUUAGAUUUCAGAGGAGACCUCAAACGCACCAGUAAUGACAAAUCCGAGCGGUAAGUGAAAGCACCGCAAGCCGAAGCUCCGACCGGAAACAGCUGAGAGACUUUUUCCACUCUGGAUCAGAAACCAGAAAACCGAACCCAAGCGGAGUUUUUAACGGGACUACUUCAUUCCAAAACCAGCUAAAAAUGCUACCGGAACCGGGUCCGGUUUAGGUGGGAGUGUUUAUCGCGUUAGUGGUCCAGAUGGACAUAUAAUCCUCGGACUUUGCUUCCUAUUACCUGCAGACCUUCAUGGAUCUGGACCUCAUGGACUCCAGAUUCUAAUGAGUCUGGAUCUGAUAACCCACAGACCUUUUUCACUUGUCAGCAGUAGGAUAAAAUUUACCACAAAUUCUGAUAUAUUUUGGGGCUGAGAGAAAGAUCUUAGUGCUCCAGCUUACCUUCUAAACAUUACUGAAUUCCUUUUAAAAAUCUGAAGACUGUUAAGUCUGAAGAUCAUGGGUCCUCCACAGAUUCAGGGAGCACCAGUUGUACCUAAAAUGGGGGUUCGGGCUCGCGUUUCAAACAUUAGGGACCUCCAGCCUCCCCCAAGGUUUGACAGUUUGGUACCGAGCAUAUUAUAUGAACCUUCUAAUAAGCUGUUGGAGAAUAAUCUACACCUUCAGAGUGGAUCAGAGACCGGGUUCCACAGGAGAAGUUUUGUUAGGAUGAAGAGGAGCAACAGCGAGUUGACGAUCAGUGACUUUGGAUCUGAGAAUGUGGAUCCAGUUGCCAUCAAUCCCAAAACUGGAGCUACUCUAAACCGAAGAUACGGGAGCACCUCCAGUGUGGACUGGCUUUGUUCAUCAGAAUUCUGGGAGUCUCUGGGGGUGGACCAGGAGCCCAGUGCACCUCCUCCGAUCCCUGAGCCUGCACACCUCCCUGCUGUGCUGUCUCCUAGCCUGCAGGCUGCUGCCCAGAUUGCUAGUGGGGACAUCAUCUUCACACCGGGACCGGACUGUGUGGAGACUUCAGCUUACAGCCGAGACUCCUGCAAAGUUCACAGAAAGAAGACAGAGAUGUCUGUCCUCAGCCGCCUGAGGCCUCAGAGGAGCAAUAGGAUUGAGAUGCAGCAGAACAGCUUCACCUUGACUCCUCACAGAUGUUUCUCUCAUUAUGAUGUACAGAGUGUCCUCUUCAGCAUCAGUGAGCCUCAGCCAGCAUGCCUCUGUUCCUCUUCAGAAGCUUCUGAUCUGCUGCCAUCAGGGAGACAUGUUGAACUCAAUGUAGACAGAAAGAGCAGCAGUCUGGUUCUGGCCUGUCCUCAAUUUCUCGAUGAGAUUGGAGGAGACAUGGAAAAUAACCUGGACCUCAACCGGUCCCGCAGCUCCACCAGCAGCACUACAGCACAUGGUUACUGCACCAACGCUGCAGUGUCCAUCCUGGAGGCUUGCAUAGAACCCCAGCUUAGUUCUGCAAACCUCAUGGGGAGCUAUGAUGUUGAGCACUUAGAUCUCGGAGCCAAAUACUACCACAAAUACUUCUACAACAAAGAUCACCAGAACUACUUUGGCAUUGAUCCGAAGUUUGGUCCGGUUUCCCUGAGUAUCCGACGAGAGGCUUUGGAGGACCGAAGGGACCCUUCAAAGUUCAACUACAGGAUCAUCUUCCGGACCGGCCAGCUGUCCACCCUUAGAGGAUCAAUCGUGGAGGACUCAGUCCCAUCUACAUCCAAACAUGGGACAAGUCGAGGUAUUCCUUUGAAGGAGGUCCUGGAGUUUGCGGUUCCAGAACUCAACAUCCAGAUUCUAAAAUUGGCUAGCAGUUCCCCCAGAGUACCUGAUCUGCUGCUGCAGCUGGACCAGCAGGAGCUUGUCCUCCAGCAGAGAGUGGGCAUUUUGCUGUGCCGGGCCAGACAGAUCACAGCGGAUCACAAGUACAACAGUGAGAUCAUCAGUCCUGCCUUGAACCAGUUCCUAAACCUGCUGAGCCACAGUAACCCAGUGAAGGGUUUCUACAAGUUUCAAGACCAGCAAAACUCCGGUGACCCAUCAGAAUCACAGACUGUUUACACGACGUUCCGAGACUUCCAGUUGACCUUCCAUGUUUCCACACUGUCCUCAACUGCUUCCGACGAUACUACACAGGUGCUGAGGACACAUCUUAUUGGAAACAACAGUGUCACAGUGAUUUUCCAGGAACCUGACGCUCCACGCUUCAACCCAGAAAACAUCCGCUCUCACUGCCAGGGUGUCUUCAUCAUCGUUAGAGUCCAUCAACCUUGCACCCAGCACACCUGUUACAGUCUUGCGGUGUUCAGGUGCAAGGGGAUCCCGCCCUUUGGUCCAUCAAUCCCACCUGGUUGGAUGUUGCCUGCCUCGUCUGCCUUCAGAGACUUCCUGCUGAUGAAGAUCAUUAAUGCCACACACGCCACUUGCAAGUCUGAGUCGUUUGUCACAAUGGCAACUUGUGCCCGACAGGAGCAACUGAAGCGGUUGGUAGAGACCUUUGUGACGUUGACGCCAUUGGACAGCUCCAAUGUCAGGUUCAGCUUUAUCUCUCUGGUUGGGAAGAAGAAGGAACGCCUCGCACCACAGCCACAGGCCUACCUGCACAGUGCUGGUGCCCUCACCUGGAGUGUGACAGUUCAAGACCCAAGCAGCUCAGCUGCUGUUGCCUGCCAGCUGGCCAUCUCCAGCAGUCUGGUGGUGCUGAUAGAGGAGGUGGGCAGAAAGGUGGUGUUUAACUGUUUUUGCAGAGAUGUGAUUGGCUGGAGCGCCGCACAUGGAUCGUUCAAAUUGUUUUACCAACACGGACUCUGUGUGGCGUUUUCUACACGAGACGGCCGCUGGGAGGACUCCCAAGAGAUCACACAGAGACUGCAGUUGGUGACCCAAGGUGGUACAGCUGCGAACAUGACCCUGAGGAGGAACCGGCUCGGUCAACUUGGCUUUCACAUCAACUCUGAGGGGGUGGUGGCAGAUGUUGAGGCCCAUGGCUUUGCCUGGCAGGCAGGUCUUCGUCCCGGCUGCAGGCUGGUGGAAAUCUGCUUCGUUGUUGUAGUAACACUUUCUCAUGAGCAGAUGAUUGAGCUGCUGAGGACAUCGAGGAAUGUCACCGCAGUCGUCCUGCCACCGCACGGAGACGGGACACCACGCAGGAGUUACUCUGAAACCUACCGGCUCCCCAUGCUGGAAGUCAAACUGGACUCUGAUGUCACUUCCUGCCCCCAUGGAGUGGUUCCACACAAUUGCCUGUCCGCUGCUCCACCCACACCCAGAGAGUCAUCCAGUCACAAUCCAAUCAGAUUGAGUUCUUGCUCUGACAUGAACGUAGGAUGCAGAGCCCCUCCUGAUUGGUUGGUCAAUUCUGAUGAAAGCACAGAGUCCACACAGGGCAGCACCAGUAGGACUAGUGGAGUUAAAGAAACCAAAAACCUUUGUCAUCCUCAUCGCCUUCCUGACCAAGUGACCAAGGUCCUGAGUGCAACAGACAGAGACAGCAGCAGAAGACAGCAGAGGUUUGCAACCAAAAGUUGCUCAAGCUGCAGCAACACGUUUUCCAGCAACAGUAGUGAUGGCAAAACGUCUGCUCCUCAACUCAUGUGUCUCAAGGGGGUGUCGGUGGACAGCAGCAUAGACUCCACCCACUACAUGUCGUCGGCACUGCCUCGGAUCGCCGGAGCAACGCUGGUCCUUACAGACAUCCUGGGGAAGAAGACGGCUGGCUCAAACAGUCAUGUGACUCAUGUGAUGGAUUCUCUUUCUAGAGACUCUUGUGGAUCCAGAUGUUCAUCAGCAGACAAAAUGAAGGUCAAGCCUUAUGCCAACUCAUCUGAGGCUUUUGUGGCCUGUGCAGGUGAUUCUGGCUUGGAUUCAGAGUCUCUCUUCAGCCAGGAUACCUGCCGAUGGGAGGCAGGGCUGAACUGGUUAAAUAGUUCAUUGCUGGAUGAGACCAACAGACCCAGCUGUCAUCCAAUCAGAGAUGUCUAUGUAGGUGAGCAGUCUACCACCAGAGCCUCCAGCAUCUCAGCCUCAUCUCCACAACAACCUCUAAGCCGCAGCAAGUCACAUGACAAUUUGUCCCCUGGCAGCAGUUCUAGGACUUGCCAGCAGCUGCCAGUACACAUGAUAAGGCGCCAUCACAGUGUGCCAUUGCCGAUCAUCAGCUGUCAGCAACCGUCUCUUCAGAAGGCUGCAGAUGGGUUUUUGCCAUUGUCUCUCGCUGACAAUCAGCUCCGUUACAUUCAGGAAGUGACAGCAGGGAGCAUUGCCUUGGACAGUGACAUCGCAGCUUCCCUCUCAGGUAAAGUGUCACAGCUGGAGGAGAUCCUUCUUCAGCUUCAGCUGGACCUGCUGAAGGAGCAGCAGGACAAGGCAGCACUGCAGCAACAAGUUCUGAACCUCCAUCAGGAUAACCUCCGUCUGCAAGAGGAGAGUCAUAGCGCUGCCGAGCAGAUUCGUCGCUUUACCGCCUGGAUGCAGCGCAGAGGAUCGUUACCAUGACAACACAAGCAACUACAGCACUACCGUUGUGGAAAUGUCCAAUUGGGACAAACCACUCCUUUGGUUACUGAGACUGCUUUGGGUUCCCUAACGCGAUGUCACAAACCUGACAACUCUCCAGUUCAGUAAGGGUUAAAUUUUUUCUGAUGGUCAAAGUGAGAACAGAACAGGAAACUGUUAAAAUGGUUUACCUGCUGGAUGUGGUUAUAUUUCAUCCCAACUCUAAAUUGAAAUAAUUGUUAUUGUUAUAUCAGUGGUGUGGAGUAAAAUGUGCUUAGGAAGGUCUCCUGGUUGUUGGGUCUGACCUGGUAGAACCAAGGUGCAUUCAGGGACUACUACAGGAGUCAGCAAUCUGUGUUCCAUGGUGUUUAAAGGUUUCAGAUGAUUGGCCCAAUGAAUAAAAUUUUAUUGUAUUUUAA